AUGGCAAGACUCAACACAACGAAACCCAAAGCGGGUGAUGACACUCGACCGAACAAAAAGCCCGUCCGGCACUUAGGCCAACGGGGCGUUCUUCAAAGCAAAUUCCGAGACACGGUGAACACAUCAGAUUCUGAGGACCGCGAAGAUACACAAUGGAGGCCCAAGAGCAAGUUCUCUUCUAGAACCACGGAGGGCCAGGCACAAUGGAUGGGGGGUCAUAAAAGAACGGGAACGGUUUCCAGCGGCAUCUUUGAUAUCUUUUCCGACGCCGAUGGCGCCAAUGAUCGGGAUGGCGAUACGUCUAGGAGCUCUUCCGACGCGAACAAGGCGAACAAAGAUGGGGCAUUGGACUUAGCACGAGUCAAUUCGCUUCUGCGCAGGCCGUCCCAGCAGUCGCGGCACAGGACGUCUCGGAAGUCGGAACUCUAUAACUAUGACAAGGAAAACGAUCCCGUGGAAGUGGAACUGGCUGAGGAAGACGACCUUAAUACGCCAUCUACCAUUUCCAGGAACCCGUCCGAUGCAUCAACCAGACGGUCGCCCGUGAGAAAUGCACGACAGACCCCGGCUCGGAAUGGAAAUAAUCGACUAUUCUCCCAGUAUCGCCAGCCUGAACGUCGUUUUGACGACGAUAAUGAAGACAAUGAUUCCGAUUCAUUGGAUGAGUUCAUUGUUAGCGACAACGAGGAGCCCAGCUACCAUGAAACAUCCGACAACGAGACGGAGGAAGAGCGGAUCCAAGAGGUUCCUUCUUAUAAACCUCAACGGAAACUGAAGAGAGGCAGGCGACCUAACCCAGAAGCUGAGCUUCUGAAGGCCCUUCAGCACAAGGACGAUCUUCGCUUGGAACCGUCACUACCAGCCGCAAUCACACUACCACCAUCACCUGAGCGCAAGAGUGAACGGGAAGGGGAAAGACAGACACAACGGGAAGGUGAGGAACUGUCUCAAAACGACGUGAAUUUCUCCGAAAAGAUGCAUCAUCUGAGUUUAAAGGACAAUGACCCUUCUGCACAGCUUCAGCAGGAGCUUUUUGGCUUCGUGGAAGAUUCUGGAGCAGUUUCAUCAACACCAGAGCCUGAAGUUAUUUCUCUAGAAACGCCGCCAAUGACCUCCUCCAAGAACCUCCUUCGGUCACCCUCAAAGGGAAAUACCUUCAUCCCUCCAACCCCAUUUCGAGAGAGCGUUGACGCUUUCUGGAAUCCGGAGAUCGCCAACGACUGGUUCGACAAACACUCCCCCCACAAGAAAGUAGACCGGUUGCUACACGAGUUCGAGGAGUCAGAAAACGAAGUCGACCCGGACAGCAUGCUCCAACGUCGGGGCGCGAUCAAGGUAGUGCCUAAGACCCCCAGCAAGACGGCCCUGAAGAAAGUGGAAACGGAACAGAAGAAAGCUGCCAUAGCGCGCAGGAGAUCCUUCGACAACAAGAAAGCCAAUGUUGCGGAGGAUUUCCUCAAAACUCUGGAUGAUAUCGUCACUGGUGGCAAAAUCCAAGCGAUGGCUGCAGAGACAGGGGGUGUCCGAAUCACAUGGAAUAAGACUCUCCAGACCACCGCUGGCCGGGCUAGCUGGAGACGAGAAAGGUCAAUGUCGCCUUCUCGGGAGAACCAGUCUGUCAUGUCACAGAAGCAGUUCGCUAGCAUUGAGUUGGCAGCACGGAUCAUCGACAACGAGGAUCGUUUGAUCAAUACCCUGGCGCACGAGUACUGCCAUCUGGCCAACUACAUGAUCUCGAACGUCACCAAUAACCCCCACGGAACGAGCUUCAAGCUAUGGGGCCAAAAAUGCAAGGAGGCGCUGAAGGAUCACCCCGUCUACGGCGGCCGGGUUGAGGUCACGACCAAACACAGCUACAAGAUCGACUACAAGUAUGUAUGGUGCUGCGUGGAUUGUGGCCAGAGUUACGGACGGCAUUCGAAGAGCAUCGACCCGACCAAAUCGACCUGUGGCAAGUGCAAGGGACUUCUGCAGCAAAUCAAGCCCAAACCAAGAAAUGUGUCGCCCAAGAAGCAACCAGCGCCCCAAAGUGGAAUGGGACUCCCCAGAGCGGCUGUCGAUAAUGUGCCGAUGGUCCUACAAGAAAUUAACGUCCUUCAUUGA